AUGUCUUACAACGACGGAUACGGUGACGAGCGCCGUGGCGGAGGCGGCUAUGGCGGUGACGAUUAUGGCCGCAAUGAGGGACGCGAGGAGUAUGGCGAGCGUCGUCAAGAAGGGGGCGGUGGAUACGGAGGUGGACGUGACGAGUAUGGAGGCGGCAGAGAUGAAUAUGGAAGCGGAGGAGGAUACGGUCGUCAGGGCAGAGACGACUACGGCGGCGAUCGUCCAUCUGGAGGCUUUGGUGGAAACGAUUCAUACGGAGGGAACGACUCCUAUGGAUCAGGAGGCGGUGGUGGUGGGUAUGGACACCAAUCCGAUCAUGGACGUCCAGAGGGCGCGUAUUCGGAGGGUCGUAGGCAUGGAGAGGGCCAUGGUCAAUCGAGCGGGACAUCCUAUGGUGGUGGAGGUGCCUACGGAGGUGCCUCAAAUGACUUCUCGGGCGCUGAGCACGAGGCCCGCCAGCAUGCAGGAGACUCUGCCGACUCCAACAUGUUCGGCCAGGUUCUUGGAAUGCUCUCGGGCAAGCAUCAAGAAGUGCAGAACGAGCACUUCGAUGAGGACGAUGCUGUGAGGCAGCACCAAAACUUCUUCGGCCAGGGCGGUGGCAGCGGAGGCCCAGCGAACUCUGGCAACAUGGGCUCUGCUGCUGCCAUGCAAGCCUUGCACAUGUUCAAUCAGGGCGGUUCAUCUGGAGGAGGAGGUUCACAGAACCAAUUCAUCGGUGCAGCUAUGGGUCAAGCUGCAAAGCUGUUCGAUCAACAGAGCGCUCAGGGCAAUGUUAGCUCGGGCACUAGCAAGCAGGACGCCGUCGGCAAGGCGGCUCAAAUGGCCCUGAAGAUGUACAUGAAAUCUGAGAUGGGGGGUUCUGGGGGAGGCUCCGGUGGUGGUAUGGGCUCCCUCAUGAACCUGGCGAGCAAGUUCUUGAACAAGUAA